GCUACCAACCACCUAGGUGGUGUAUCGCCCAUCACCUAUCAGCCAUCACACCUAUAAUAGUUUUUUUUUUUUUUUUUUUUUUUUUUUUGGGCGCCAUGUGAAUCAUUUCUAGGCAUUAGAUUGUAAACAAAUAAUUGUUAUAACGUUUGCGUGUGUACAUGUGCUUGUGUGUGCUUAACCGGUUUAUACAAAACCGUCGAUCAAAUCUUUCAAUCCGGGAAUCUAAUUGGGACGCCACCAGGUAAUUGUCCAACCUCGGUAAUUGGUCCAAUUAAUUUGAAACGUAAAAGUCCGAUUAUUACCAGUUGGUGUGCACUCAUCACUUUUCAGACACAAAUAGCCAACACUCUGUGUCUGUCAUUGUGAUCAUUACAUCGCGAAAAAAAUAAACAAACGGAUGGUAAAAUAAAAUAACGAGUAGUGUAAAAAAAAAAAAAAAAAAAUUACUGUCUAGAUAUAUCAUAUAAAAUGGUGGUGAAAAUAGCACAACACUUGAAACACUAUUUUCGGAUUAAAAGUAAUCGAACGGAUCGCACCACUCAGGUUCGAAUCGAAAUGCAUUUCGUUCAUUAUCUCUAUAUCAAAAUUUUAACGCGACGAUCUCGUUGAAAAUAUUUUUGUCCAUACGAGCGAUUAUAAACCAGUUUUUAUCCUCGGCAUUCCCCUUGCGCUCAAUGUUUUAACUCUCGACACUGGAUGUUGAUGCUCCAAUGAAAAUAAUAAGCUAACGGGAUUGGAGCAACGAGGUUCAUUAUCCAGACGGAGCAACAAGGAAAAAAGGGCGACGAAGAAAGUGACAGAGGCGGAUGAAGAUGAUGAAGACAGACAAGGAAAGAUCGAGCGUUAAUCGAGGAGGUUUGUUAAAAAUGUGAUAUGUCAAUGUGUAUAUCUAUAUUUGAACGGACUUGGGAAAAAAGAGAGGGCGAGAAAGACAGUGGUGGGAGUUGCCACGCGUGUGUAAGUUCGAGAUACUUUUUCCCCACUGCUGGAAAAACGAAUCCCCCACCGUAUUGUGGAAAACAGCUCGGUAGUUGUGGGGGUUUCUCUGCCAGUUGGGAGCUGGGGGCUGGGGGCGGCCUCAAAAAUACACCGCAACCACACCGCUUGGUUCCACCGCAGAAGCCGCCACCGCCUUCCACCGCCGUACCCAAAACGAGACCGCGCGAGUUAAACACCCUGACUACCUCAAGAGAGAACGACGAGUGAGAGGAUAUUACCCGAGCUUCCGACCAACCAACUAACCAACCGACCAGUUAACCAACUAGUUCCAGGAUACACUGAUCAUUUAAGUGUCUUGACUGUCCGCCAAACCACUUUGCGACCGAGUCAUCUUCCGCGAGCGUGGUUGUGAUUGUGCUUUCGUUGUGAGGCUGUGAUAGUGCGGUCAAUUUACUGGCCAGUGAAGUCGUUAGUGGUCGGCAAAGCUAACUUACCGGUGAUUCUUGCUAGACGUCACCAUUGGGACAAUUCAGCAUCAUCAUCUAGGAUUUUCAUCAUUGAUUCUUGCUGAUCUUGGUCAGCUUCUAGAAUUCUGGACUUUAAGUCCACCCAAUAAGCUUUUGAACGUCUUUCCGUGAUGAUUCAUCAGCACCAUCAUCAUCAUCUGGAAGUCUAAAAGCAUAUUUAAGCUCGGUUUUGUGAUUCGUAACCAACGAAAGUAAAAUCAGUGUAAGUAAAUAGCAAAACAGAAGACGGCUAAUAAAACGGUAGCUUAUUUGAGAAUGUCUCAAAGACGGGAAAGGGAAUGAUAAGAAAGAACCUUUCGGAUUCCAAUAAAACGAAUUUUCUCCGCGACUUGCCAUUGAAGAGAAGAAUUUGCAAACGGAUGCUACUACAACUUUCCGUCUUAAACUUAUCCGUCGCGGGAUAAUGAAAUAAGGAUCAAAGCGAUCGGUUGUUUGUACUUGCAGAAGGGAGCUGAAUAAAACAAAUUCAAUUUAAAAUACGUUUGCGGGACAACUUGUCAGAUUCAUCCUAGUGAAUUAAUUGCCAAUGACAGUCUCAUGACGAAUCCCCUGAGAGAUGUCCGCCCGGAGGAGCGUCCUCUUGGUCUAGACUAUCCGGAUCAGGCCCGGCUUAGGCCCACGCAAAACGGGAACCAGCAGAUCAACGCCAUCAGCUCCAGGCUCAGGAAAACCAGAGGAUCUUCACGGAGAAGAAUGCAUCUGGCGGAGAAUCCUUCCACUACUGCAAGCUCUGUUCCAGACUACGCGCUCACGGCUGAUCUUCUUGCGGAGCGGACCCUUGAUGGGUUGCUGGCUGAGCAUCCUGGAGAACUUAUCCGAACAGGGAGUCCUCACGUUGUCUGCACUGUUUUGCCCAAUCAUUGGCGGUCCAACAAGACGCUGCCGGUGGCUUUCAAGGUCGUGGCUCUAGGAGAAGUUGGGGAUGGAACCAUCGUCACCAUUAGAGCUGGAAAUGAUGAGAACUGCUGUGCGGAAUUGAGGAACUCGACGGCGUUGAUGAAGAACCAGGUGGCGAAAUUCAACGACCUGAGGUUUGUCGGUCGCAGUGGCAGAGGAAAAAGUUUCACGCUGACCAUAAUGCUGCAAACAUCACCACCCCAAGUAGCGACACUGUCCAAGGCGAUAAAAGUAACCGUCGAUGGACCACGAGAGCCUAGAUCUAAAACAAGACACCAGGCCUUUCAUCCCUACCACUUCGGACCACGGCCAUUUCCCUUCGGACAUCCGCAGGAUCCGUUGGGAUUCAAACUGUCCGGCCUGCAACAUCUCAGUCUGGAGCAAAACGGACAAUGGGGUGGACCACCACGCGGUUCUAUGCCUCCGCACUGUUUACCACCACCACCAGGUCACCUUUCGCAGCCACAGCAUCCGCCGACAGCAACCUCGGCCUUCAACCCUUUUCAUCAUGCCAUUGAGCAGAGAUCUCGGCUUCCAGCUCCUGGUCCAACUGCUGAAUCAAGGAACGAAUUGGCUCCACUGAGUGUCUCUGUAAGGGAGGCGCCUCCAACAGACUCACCUAGUACUGGUCCGGGAUUGCUGACCACUGCAGUGGCAUCACCAACUCCUCCAGCUGAGCCAGCGGCUGCAAGUCCUUCUCACCCACAUUUCCAAAGUUUGCAUCUGCUACGAGCGAAUUCCCUUUUUGGGUCAAUAUUCGCGCCGUUUUUGCCACAAUCAUCCUGGCUCUACAAUCCGCUGUCGACUUACCAGCAGCAGUAUAUACUAGAACCGGAUUGGCAUACCCUAGCUCUAAGAAUGGCGCAGCAACGUCUCCAACGGCCAGGACAGAGUCUGGAAGACUUGAGAAAACUCAGAAGCUCCAGUGAUGAUGGUGACCAAGAUGGUGAUGCUUCUACGGACAGGCCUCAGGAUGUUGGAGAUGCUGAUGUUGAUGCUGAUGUUGACAGUCCGGAAGGUAGCAUCGAAGUUGAUGAUCCCAGUGAUCAAGAUCCGAAGAUUGAGGAGGUCAGGAGUGAAGAUUCUCAAGCUGAUUCUCCAAGAUUGUCUAGUAGAGACAGCAAGGAUGAAUCUUUCCUGGAGAAAAGGUUAAGACCCACUGUGGAAAAUUUGAAUGAUGAUACUGAAGAUCGCCUUGAUCCGGAACACAGACAUGAUUUGACGGUGAAGAUCAAGCUUGAAGGAACGGUUGAUCUUACCACCAAAAGAAACUCGGAUAAGGAAAAUAUGGGCCAAGAUCUUACUACUAGGAAAAAAGAGGAGGAUAUUGAUGAAAAGGAAUCGGUUAGACCAAGGAAAGACAGAAGUCCUCAACCGAGACACGUUUGGAGACCUUAUUGAUUUGGAAAUUCUAGGACUUCGGAGGACUAACCAGGGUACGCUCGUAAUCGAUUAGUCUGUACAAAUUUAAUUUUAAAUAAAAUCAAUCCUUAUCAACCUAUAUAUAUUUACAGUUAUAUAUUAUAUAUAUAAUGACUCAUAUUAUCAAGAGUCGGACAAUUGUUUUCAAUCGAUUGCAAGUUUAUAUAGUGCAAUAUCGUCGUUGUAAAUAAAUAAAUUAGAAUUUAAGACGGUAA